AUGCCGAACCAGAAGGGCGGCAAGGGCAAGAAGAACAAGCGCGCCAACAGCAGCGGCGACGAGCAGGAGAACGGGGCGGCGGCGGGCGGCGGAGCCGCGGCGGCGGCGGGUGGAGGCGCCGCGGGUGGCGGCGGAGCCGGAGCGGCGGCCGCGGGCGGAGGUGGCGGAGCGGGCGGCGGAGCUGGCGGCGCGGCGGCCGCGGGCGGCUCGGCGCCCGGAGACGCCAAGAGCGAAGCCCCUUGUGCUACUCCACUGAUCUGUAGCUUUGGAAGGCUGGUGGACCUGGAGAAGGAUGACUACCAGAAGGUUAUAUGCAACAAUGAGCAUUGUCCCUACAGCACUUGGAUGCACCUUCAGUGCUUCUAUGAGUGGGAGAGCAGCAUCCUCGUCCAGUUCAAUUGCAUUGGCAGAGCCAGGAGUUGGAACGAAAAGCAGUGUCGCCAAAACAUGUGGACCAAGAAGGGAUACGACCUGGCUUUUCGGUUUUGCUCCUGUCGGUGUGGGCAGGGUCAUUUAAAGAAGGACACAGACUGGUACCAGGUGAAGCGAAUGCAGGAUGACAAGAAGAAGAAAUCAGUGUUGGAGAAGAGUACGGGAAGGUCCAUGACAGAGUCAGCAGAGGAGGCCAAAAAAGGCAGGCCAGCCAACAAGCCGCAGAAAGGCCUGAGUAAUGACCUCCAGCGAAGGCACUCUAUGGACAGGCAGAACUCCCAGGAGAAGGGUGUCAUGGGUGGCAGCUAUGCCGUUCGCUCACCUUGUGUCUCUCCUGGCCAGUCCCCACCCACCGGCUACUCUAUCCUCGCCCCCACGCAUUUCAGUGGCCCUCGUUCCUCGCGAUACUUGGGAGAGUUUUUGAAGAAUGCCAUUCACCUGGAACCCCAUAAGAAGAGCAUGGCCGGUGGUGGCAUGUUCAGGAAUGCACAUUUUGAUUACGGGGCAGCUGGCUUGCAGGCACAUAGGUCAGGACACUUCGAUACCCCUGUGCAGUUUCUGAGAAGGCUCGAUCUGUCUGAGCUGCUCACUCACAUCCCCAGGCAUAAAUUGAAUACUUUCCAUGUGCGGAUGGAAGACGAUGCCCAGGUGGGCCAAGGGGAGGACCUUCGGAAGUUCAUCCUUGCUGCUCUCAGUGCCAGCCACAGGAACGUUGUAAACUGUGCUCUGUGCCACAGGGCGCUGCCAGUGUUUGAACAGUUUCCGCUGGUGGACGGGACCCUGUUCCUUAGCCCAUCAAGACAUGAUGAGAUUGAAUAUGAUGUUCCCUGUCACCUUCAAGGAAGGCUUAUGCACCUCUAUGCUGUUUGUGUAGACUGCUUAGAAGGGGUUCACAAAAUUAUCUGCAUUAAGUGCAAGUCCCGAUGGGAUGGAAGCUGGCAUCAGCUGGGAACUAUGUAUACCUACGAUAUUCUGGCAGCAUCUCCCUGUUGUCAGGCUCGACUGAACUGUAAGCACUGUGGGAAGCCAGUAAUAGACGUGCGGAUUGGCAUGCAAUAUUUCUCUGAGUACAGCAACGUCCAGCAGUGUCCUCACUGUGGAAAUCUAGACUACCACUUCGUGAAGCCAUUUUCUUCAUUUAAAGUUUUGGAGGCUUAUUGACGAAAGCUUUGCUUUAGUAAUAGCUAUUUUAUGGGUAUUUCAACUUUAUUACAUAUCUUUUUAUAGGAUUCAUUCUGUGAUGAGAUUAAUUUCUUUUCUAACUGAAAGAGCAGCUUCUUUGUCAGUGUACAUAUUAAUAUGUAUAUAUACAUGUUAUUAAAACCAGAAUCCUCCUGACAAGAUCUCUGUGAAGGUUGGAGGCAAGCCAAUUUAUUGGCCUUUCAAUAUAUCCCAUGUAUGGGAUAAAGUUCAGCUAAAAAUGAUUUGGGUUUAUUUUUUGUAUAGUUGUAAUACAGUUUAUAGGAAGGGUGUGGGGAGACAUAGA